AUGACUACCAUGAAAGCUCUCGUCUCGAAUCGCAGCAUUGUCACACGACUCGUGAACGCCACGCGCUUCAAAGCCAUUGGUGGCCAGGGCGGUCGCGUCCAAGACAAUGUAACCAUCCCCAGCAUCAACCCCAACGAAAUCCUCGUCAAAGUCAAAGCCGUAGCCCUCAACCCGACAGACUUUAAACAUCUCGACAUCAUCUCUCCCCCCAACUCGAUCAUCGGAUGCGAUUACGCAGGUGUUGUUCAUCAAGUAGGAGAUUCUGUCAACGAUAGAUGGAAAAUUGGCGAUCGUGUUGCUGGCGCUGUGCAUGGCGGGCUGUAUCCUGAUAAGGGCGCUUUUGCCGAGUAUUUGAAGAUUGAUGCGGAUCUGGCAUGGAAAGUACCUGAGGGCAUCAGUGAUACUGAGGCAACUACAUAUGGUGUCUCUGCUGUGACGGCUAUGCUGGUCCUGAAUGUCCUCCACAGGGUUCCCUUCGUGGACACAAAGCCUUUGUCUCCCAAGGAUGAAGCUAUAUUCAUUUACGCUGGGUCAACCAGCGCAGGCCUAUACAAUAUCCAACUGGCAAAAGCAGCUGGGUACACAGCCGUCACAACUACCUCGUCACGCUCGACCCAGCUAGUGAAACAAUACGGUGCCGAUGCUGUCUUUGACUACAAUUCACCCUCCGUUGCAGAAGACAUUAUUAAAGAGUAUCCCAAGAUCACAAAAGCGGUGGAUUGCUUUUCCGAAGGCAAAUCAACGUCCGUUUGCGCCGAUGUGCUCGAGCCCAAUGGCGGUAAGGUGGUUACACUAUUGCCCAACGGCAAGUCCAGUACUCCUGGCGUGACCUACGAUCUUGUCAUGUCGUAUACAGCUAUGGGCCACGCUUUUCAGCGGCUACCGCCAAUUGGACCUAAGUUUGAAGUCAGGCCACAGGAUCGUGCCGCCCUUGUUCGCUUCUACGAGACACUACCGCAAAUUACGCACAUCCUGAAACCUAUCCCGACUAUUGAGCUGAAGAGUGGGUUCGAUGGUAUAUUUGAGGGACUGGAUAAAUUGCGGGCGGGUCAGGUAGCAGGAGGCAAGUUAGUUGUUCGGUUUAACGCGGAGGAGUAA